AUGGCCGAGGCCUCACUCACGCAGUUCGAUACAUCAAGCACGACAGCCCGACCUUUGGAGUACACAUAUGAGCCCUUGAACGAGGACGAAUUCCGUCUGCUCACGCUACUCCCUAACACUAGCAGUGCUGGACCUGUACGAUUCCAACUUACGAAACAUACAGUCUCCUCGCCACCAGAGUUCUUCGCUGUAUCUUACGCCUGGGAAGAUCAGGCGCGAUCCGAAGUCGCUGUAUGCGAAGGCGCAGAGUUGUUCAUCACACCCACAGUUGAGGACUUACUCCAAUCUAUGCUUGCGAAAGAUGAACACGGACCAUUCUUCAUUGACGCCAUUUCAAUUCAUCAGUUCGAUGCCGAGGAGAAAGCCGCCCAAGUCAGGAUCCUUUAUCUUCACUUCGCUCAUGCUGCAGCGGUCAUUGUAUGGCUGGGCAACUCGUCCAUAGCCAUCAACCAGUGUAUUGAGUGCCUUCUUAUACCUUUCGAUGAUUUCCCACGUGGAAAGGGCCCCCACCCUAACACUGGUCUCUAUAUGCACACGCCGGAAAUUGGCUCUCUGGCUUGGUCUGGUCUCUAUGAGCUCUUCGAAAAAGGCUUCUGGAGGCGUUUGUGGCCUCUACAGGAACUAGUCCUCAACACCAAUGUCGAGAUAUGCUGUGGACGUGAGCACCUGUUCUCUCUGGAAAGUUUGUGCUGGUUUGCAGAGUAUCUCGUCCAGACUAACGGAAUACUGGUGAGGCAAUGGGCAACGAAUAUGUCUCCCGCCAGUGGACAUGCUCUAGAAUUUCUGCGAAGGAUUGAGGGAAUGCAGACGGAAUGGCGAGAACACUCUGGUCUUGCCGCUUCCUCCCUUAUCGAGUUUUGUCGAAGCCGUGAAGUCUCCCUCCAAAUUGACAGAGUCUUCGCUGUCCUUGGUCUCCUCUCCACCGCUAGUCGGUCCGGAAUCCCAGUUGACUAUGCAACAGCAAGCAUUGAGGAUCCGCGUCAGCAGUUCCUUGGCCUCGGUCUGGCAUCUUUUGCGGAUGAUGUCUGCCUGACAGGUUUGCAACAGGCGCGGAUAGGAGGCCCGUCUUCUAUGGUCCCAACGUGGUGUCCUGAUGUUUCUCAAGCAGUAGCGUACCAGCCUCUGCACGACAUCCACGAAUAUCAAGCAGGAGGUGAGAGUAGCCAGUGGCGUCGCCAGCGCAUCCCAUCAGAACGGGUUUGGGACAGGCCCUCCGUUUCAGGUCCUCAUGCCUGGCUGGCCUGCUCUCGAGACCGGCAACGAAUUCUCAUGAGGGGUACUGUCGUCGGAAUGGUCAGAGAAUGUGGGUUGAAUCAUAGUUACCAACGCGGAACGCAUCUUGUCCAUCAAGAAGACGAUGGGCUUUCAGAGAGUCGAGCAAUCGCUGAAUCUGAGCGCCAUUGGCUAAAGUCGUGGGCAAAAUUCUGUCGCCAGAACCCAAUACAGGUCGAUGACCAGGUCAAUUGUGAUGCAGAUGAGGUGAGCGCUUACCGUCGGCGUGCAUACCUUCGCUGUCCCGUGGGCAAUGCACCGUUCGUGCCCAAAGAGAAUUCAGGUACAUCUUUAUACACACGACAGUACGAUCCGCCUAUUGCGCGACUUUCUGAGGGACUGGCAGCUGCGCUUGAUAUCCUCGAUACAGAUCCUGCUACUAACCUUGCUAAGCUGGACUCCCUGCCAAGCAGCCCUGGCGGAGCUUACUUACUCAGUCUGAGGUUCUUCAUGGCAAACAGGACACCUCUCAGAGCAUUUGGAGACAUUGACGAUUCGAAGGAGUGGCUUGGGAUUGGCCCCGGGGAUAUGCGAGAAGGCGACUAUGUUGUGGUCUUUCGAUACGCUCGAGUUCCGUUCAUCCUCAGGAGAAGAUCCGGAAGCGGCUUCGAAUGCAACGCUCGAUGGCAUCUCAUCGGCGAGGCUUACGUGGAAGGCUUGAUGGAAGGAGAACUCUUCGAACAGGCCGAUAUCGACGACGAGACAUUGCCUUGCUUCUGGAUCGAGUGA